AUGCAGCUCGACGAUCCUCAUUUCCUUGUUGACCGUGAAGACACCACAGUCAAUACCGACGAGAAGAACGAAGCCGAAGAUUGCCCCGCCUUGCCCCGCCGAACCUGGGUCAUCAGCAAGAAGUUUGGCGAAACAGCCAUAGUCAUGAACCAAGAAGGCAUCAACUAUGGUCGUGGCAUUGGAUACACCGCGGGUAAAUUCCUUUGCAAUCGUGCCGAUGACCCGAGCAAGAAGCCCGCGUUUACGCGCAUCUAUGCCCAACUCCCCAUCUAUGGCACGGAGUAUUCUAAGCCCGAGACUCGAGCACAACAGGCCGUCCCGACGAAAUCAAUCACUGAGCUAGCGGCUUUGAAGAGACUGAAGAUGGGUUGUGAUGUUGUCCCCGACCUGCUCGGUUUUCAAGAGGAAAAACAAGGGCCCGGUGGCUUUGUUCCUGGGGGCUAUAUCACAUAUGUCGUACCUGGAGAGCCCCUCGACUAUGAGGAGUUCUGGGAAAUGAACGACUAUAUGUGUGACUCUAUUCAAAGGAAGUUCCGAAUGCUUUUACGCUGCGGCGUCCAGGUAUGCAUGGUUUCAAUGUCGAAGCUCAUUCUUGAUACAUCGACCGGAGAAAUGCACAUCUCGGGGUUUUCGCAAGCCGCCUUCAUUGAGCCUACUGAAGGGUGGUCCGUUGCUAACUUUGCCUUGUUCGGACUCGGCAAGCCACCUGAAAAGGAUGAAUGGUGGCUCGAGACUGAAGGAUGGGAAUGGUGA